GGGGAUCUCAUCCUGGCUUAAGGUCUCAACUCUCACACACUCAAGCUGAAUAGAGAGAUAGAGGGGGAGGGAUCUGAGAAAAACGGGAGAGGAUGAAGCUGCUGGCGGCGGCGUUGGUGGUUGCUGCUGCUGCGGCGGCGCUACUCACCGGAGAAGCAGUGUGGCUGGAUUUGCCGAGAGAGGGGACCAAGUGUGUGUCUGAGGAUAUCCGAAGUAAUGUCGUGGUUAUAGCCGACUACUACGUAAUACACGAAGAGGAGCACGUUGCCGAUAACGUCGCCGUUCCCACCAUCUCCGCUAAGGUGACAUCACCAUAUGGAAACAAUCUCCACCAUCAAGAGAAUUCAACUCAUGGCCAAUUUGCAUUCACAACAUCUGAGGCUGGUGACCACCUGGCUUGCUUCUGGGUUGCCACAGGCGCUACUAGUAAGGGUGUCGUUGUGGGUCUUGAUUGGAAAGUAGGAAUUGCUGCCAAGGAUUGGGAUUCAGUUGCCAAGAAAGAAAAAACUGAUGGCCUUGAACUUGAGUUGAUGAAGCUUCAAAGUCUUGUGGAGGCUAUCCAUGAUAAUUUAGGUUAUCUGAAGAUUAGGGAAGCUGAGAUGAGGGAGGUGAGCGAGAGAACCAAUGGGAGAGUGGCAUGGUUUAGCAUAUUUUCUCUUAGCAUCUGCCUAUUCGUUUCUCUUGUGCAAGUUUGGUAUUUAAAGCGUUUCUUCCGGAAUAAAAAACUCAUUUAGUUUCAAGGAUAUUAUAGCAUCAACGAUAGGUUUUUAAACUUUUUAAGCAUCCCACUAUCUGUACCAUUAGAUCUUCUAGAUUAUUGUUGUAAUAUUAAUUGUGUAAUACUACGUACAGAGUAAUAUACAUGUUUUUUAGUUUUCUCUAA